AGCUCCACAGAUAUAAUCUCCCACCUUCAGACCCAUGCUGCUACCUUACGUGCGGCGGGUAAAGGCCCCACACAGUCCCAAGCAUUAGCAGCCAGAUCUUCUACCAUCGGAUGCUCUAAUCCUGGCUGUAAGGCACGAGAUAAGAGCAAACAUACUGCGCAAAACUGCUAUUGGCCAGGUGGGGGAAAGGAGGGACAAUUUCCCCCUAAUUUUGGCUGA